GGGGCCCUGCGUCCCGACCGUUGAAAACGCGAUCCAAACUUUCGAACUUCGAACAUUAUUUUUUGUGACUGGCCAGUGUUUUUGUGUAAAAUGCGGUUGGACGUUGUGAUGAAGUGGGAAAUACAGCUGAUAGUGUUGGGAAUUUCAGUGUUGUUCCGAUGCACGGAUUCCAUCGAUUUGCCAACCUUCGUGGGUCCAGGUUCCAACGUGACAGUAGCAGUGGGCAGAGAUGCAUCACUCACGUGUAGAGUGGAUAACCUACAAACUUUUAAGGUGGCGUGGCUCCGCGUAGACACGCAAACCAUCCUCACCAUCGCCGGGCACGUGAUCACGAAGAACCACCGCAUCAGCGUCGGCCACGGCGACGGGACCUGGACCCUGGGGCUCAAGGAUGUGGGGCCGAGCGACGGCGGCAGAUAUAUGUGCCAGGUCAACACGGAGCCCAUGAUGAGCCAGACGCAUCGGCUGCAGGUUGUCGUUCCGCCAGACAUCGACGAUGAAGCGAGCAGCGGCGAGAUCCUGAUGAAGGAAGGCGAAGACGCCGCGUUAAGGUGUGUGGCUUCCGGGACCCCGCCCCCAACUAUAGUCUGGAGGAGAGAAGACUCCAGGCAUUUUAGGAUUAACAAUUCUACUUUAGUGUCCAAAUGGAACGGGGAGUGGCUGAACUUGACCGGCGCCGAGCGCGCGGCGUCCGGCGCGUACCUCUGCAUCGCCAGCAACGGGGUCCCGCCGUCCGUUAGCAAGAGAAUCAUCAUUAAAAUGAUGUUCACCCCUUCGAUCUGGGCAGGACGAGUCGCCAUCCGCGCGCCCGCAGGCAGCGCCGUAACCCUCACUUGCACUGCAGAGGCGUUCCCUGUACCACUAGUCUACUGGAUGCUCAACGAUCAGAAGCUCACUAACAGUUCCAAGCAUAGAAUGACCGUGUCAUCCCGCGGCUUCCGUCACUCCCUAUCACUGCUUGUCGCUGGCGUGUCACGCGCUGACGCGGGCGCGUACCGCUGCGGCGCCGAGAACGCCUACGGGCGUGCACAUGCCGAAUUAUUGCUGCACACAUUAACAACAACAACGACAACGACGACAACAACAACAACAACCACGACAACAACAACUACAACCACCACGCCGCCACCCACCACCACCACUAUAUUCUAUGACGUAGAACAACACUUGGAGCAGCUGCACCGAGGGGUCCUGGAGGACCCUGCGCUGGGAGACCCCUACAUCGUGCUCAGCCAACACCAGAUGCAGAACCUUGACAUGGCAACAACGAUAUGACCAGAGGCCGGGCGCGGCGCCCCCUGGAGCGAAGGCUGGCCGCCGCUCGCCGGCCGCGCCGCGCGCCCCGCACUCCUCUGGGCGCCCCUCCUCGCCCUGCUCUCAGCCGCGUGAUGGUGAAGGUGCGCACGCACAUAGACUUGGUUGCCAUUGUGUUUGUAAAUGGGUUGAAAAUUUGGUUCUGUUCAUCGAAAAUAGUUUAAGAGGUAAAGAAUUAAUUUAACUAUAAUCGAGAGCAAUGUAAAUGGGUCAAAUUUUGAAAUAUCGAUUUAUUUAGUGUGUGUUCUGAGGUUAUGUUUAUAUUCAUCUAUUUAUAUGCGGAGGAAACAUACCAACAGUUCGUUAAUAUACUAUGUAAAUAAAGGCAAGUAUUUAUAAAGUUUGGAUUGGAAUCGAUAUUAUUCUGCGGACGUAUGAUGUACACUAUUAUUGACGAGAUAAGGAUAUAAUUUAGGUAAAAUAACGUUAUUUUAUAACAUCGAUACAGAGAGAUAGAUUCUUUAUAUUAGUAUCGUAUGCAUCGUACGCCCGUUGGAUGAACUGAAUGAUGUAAAAAUUAAAAUGAAGAUUAUUUUAUAGUUAAUUCGCUUUACGAAUUUUAUAUAUUUUCAGUGUUAAGCUAUUGGUACAUUAAGAUGUUCGCUGUACAUAAUUUUGCACAGGUCUAGUCAUAUCAAAUAAAACACGGGGCUGUUGUCGUUUGUAUAAUAAGUAUACGUACCCCUCGUCCUGAUUAGGCUUAAUUAAAAUUAAAUGGUGAUGAUAUAAGACAGUGUGGUUUACUUUUAUUCUCUAAA